AGGAGCAGGCGCCCCGGUGUGGCCCGGCCCCCGCGAGCGGGGAGGAGGCGGAGGAGCGGCGCCAGCAGCUUGAGGAGCGGCGCGCCCCGCCAGGGCUGGAGGCAGGCGCGCUCGGCGGGCGCCACCGUCUCAUCAGGGGAGCGGGGGCUGCCCCGGGUGCGGGUGAGUGGCGCGGCACCAAGCCACAAGGGACGGAGGGGCACCGGACACGCGGGAAACAGCGGGACAAACAGGAGGGGGCCGAGCUUUGGUUCCCGUAGUCUCGUGGCGGGCCAGGCGCAGAGCCCAGAGUAGCGAGCAACCUACACCUCCAGGCGGGAAGCCCAGGGAAGGAGCUGCGAGACACCAGGCGUGCGGCCCAGGAGCGGCGGGGAAACGGGAGCCGCUGGGGCACAAGAGUGGGAACGACAGGACCCUCGGCUGCAGCUGCCCACGCGCGGAGGGAGCCACACCAGAGCACCAGCGGGGCCCAGAGCCCGGCGGGGCGCGGGAACAGGGGCGCCCCCGUGCGGAGCUGCUGGGCCGCCUGGGAGCGGCGGCUGGGGCCAUGCUCAAGCCCAAGGACCUGUGCCCCCGAGCGGGUACGCGCACCUUUCUGGAAGCCAUGCAGGCGGGCAAAGUGCACCUGGCCCGCUUUGUACUGGAUGCGCUGGACCGCAGCAUCAUCGACUGCCGCGCGGAGCAGGGUCGCACGCCGCUCAUGGUGGCGGUGGGGCUGCCGGACCCCGCGCUGCGCGCGCGCUUCGUGCGGCUACUGCUGGAGCAGGGUGCGGCCGUGAACCUGCGGGACGAGCGCGGCCGCACGGCACUCAGCCUGGCGUGCGAGCGCGGCCACCUGGACGCGGUGCAGCUGUUGGUGCAGUUCAGCGGCGACCCCGAGGCGGCCGACUCGGCGGGCAACAGCCCAGUGAUGUGGGCGGCGGCGUGCGGCCAUGGGGCGGUGCUCGAGUUCCUGGUGCGCUCUUUCCGCCGCCUCGGCCUGCGCCUCGACCGCACCAACCGAGCGGGUCUCACGGCGUUGCAGCUGGCAGCCGCCCGCGGCCACGGGACCUGCGUGCAAGCCCUCACCGGGCCCUGGGGCCGCGCGGCCGCAGCCGCCGCGGCCCGGGGCUCCAACUCCGACAGCCCCCCUGGCCGUCCGGCUCCCGCGCCCAGCCCGGAGCGCCGACGACCCAGCCCCCGCCGCUUACCUCGGCCUCUCCUGGCGCGCUUUGCGCGAGCGGCCGGCGGCCACGGUCACGGCGACGAGGCUGGGUCAGGGGGCAAGAGCUCGGGCCGGCACCGAGCACAGGGCAGCGAGAGGCCCGAGCUGGGCCGAAGCAUGAGCCUGGCGCUGGGUGCUGUAACCGAGGAGGAAGCGGCCCGGCUGCGGGCGGGAGCCCUGAUGGCUCGACCACACUCGCCCCAGUCUUCAGGGACCGGGCGGUGGCGUUCGCAGGAGGUCCUGGAGGGAGCGCCUCCGACCUUAGUGCAAGCCCCCAUUGGCCUUAGCCCCCACCCGGAGGGCGGCCCCGGCUCUGGCCGUUUGGGUUUGCGUCGACGCUCCACCGCUCCAGACAUCCCCAGCCUGGUCGGGGAGGCAUCAGGGCCCGAGAGCGGCGCGGAGUUAGAGGCCAACGCUCUGCCCCCCUCGGUGCCUGGGCCUCAGCCUUGGCAGGUGGGCACGGAGGCCGUGGUGCUGCACGCUCAGCGGUAAAUAGCGUCGAGGUUGAGCCCUGUGUCCCCUCCUCUUAUGUCUCGCCUCCCCUGGGAUUUCUUUUUUCCAGGUCCCUCACUUUCCUGGCAGUUUCCUGGCCUGUGACCCCAGAACCUGUCCCCACUGCCCAGGCCAGACCCCUACCAAUCCUCUCUCUGAAAAGAACCCCUAUUUUAUUUCUUUUGUGUGUGUGUGCUUGUUGGUAUUCCCUGCCUAGGUCUCUCACUGUCCCUAUAGCCUACCUUUCCUGUCCUGGAGGGGAGGAGUAGAAGACUGGUUCUAUAGGCUACAGCCUUUCAGCCAGGAAGAUGGACCCCCUACUCUGAGCCCUAAGGCUCAGUUCUGAGUCUUGCCGACUCCUGCUGGGUCACCUCCUCCUUACCAGUUUCCCACACCCUGGCAGCCAGACAGCCGAAGAGUUGACUUGUAGAAAAAAGGCCUAGCCUCCCCCCUCUGCCUAGUGAUGUGGCUGGCAAUGUUGCAUGCCACCAAAGUGUCCCUUCCUGUUAAGUGUUGGAGAAGGAGAGCAAGGAGACCAGCCUUUGAGCCCUUCUGGACAGGAGGGCUGAUUAGGAAGGAAUCUGGAGGUUAAGUUUUUUCUGGGGAGAAACUCCUGCCUCAAGAAAAUGAGAGCAUAUUUAGGGGUGGCAGAGGCCCUGGUAUUGAAGGCUAGUUGUCCCCUGAAAUAGCUUCUGGGUAAUUCCAGCUCCGCAGACCCAGUUUUCAACUUCACUGAUGAUGUGGGGUCAUUGCCCUACAGCAACGGCUACUGAGCCCAGCUCCCAGCACCUGAGCCGAGCUUCAGCUCAGCUGCAUUUGAGUUUUAUCUUUGAGGUCUCGCCCCUCAGGGCCCAGCCUUAUUUCCUCUCACUCUUAGAGCCUGAAAUGGAAAGGACUUGGCACUUCCCCGCCCCCACCACCUCCCAGCUCCCCCGGCCCGCACGUGGGUGCUCCGGCAGGGUGGAAUGGUUGCGAAGGCUUGGUUUAAUUGUAUUUCUUCCAAUCCUCAAAGAACUCGUGUUUUGAGUCUUUGUAUAUGAAGCAGAAAGCAGCGGGUCUGAUCCGAGGCUUAAGAACCUGACAAUGUCUCUUUAAAUAGAAGCUCUGCGAGGGGGAUAAUUGACUGAAGUGUUUGCCACGUUAAACGGCGGCGCGCGCGGGAGUCGGGAAGCCCACACGAGCCGCAGGUCCGGGUUUAAAUUACAUCAAACUCCUGCGAGAGCUGGAAGGGGGCUGUUAAAGGGCUCCUGCUUCUCGCUGGGCCGUUAAUGGAGGGCAGGGCGGAUGACGGAUGCUGGAGGUCGAGACCAAGGACCCCUGCCUCUGCCCCCGCGCGUGGGACGCAGGUCCCGCCCAGCUUCAUUACUGGGCAGAUUAAUGAAUCAGAGGCCACCGCGGGGAGGUGGUUAAAUGCCCUUUCCCGGCCUGGUCCUUCCUCUUCCCCUCCCUCCCUGCCCUCCUCUUUGUGCGGACCUAAGAAGUGUGUGGGGGCGGGGGGGGGGGGGGGAGAGUUCUAGCGGGUCUAGCGAUCGCGUGCCCCAGGACCCUGCGGAAGCGCUAGCACAGGUAUCUGUGCGUCCAGCCCACGGGAUCGUUGGCGCUUGGGGGUCUCUUUUUGUGAACCCCGAAGGUUGAGCGUGCGGCGCCUCACCCGUCUGAGGUGGGGUCUUUUCAAGACGUCGAUCUAUAUGCCUUUGCAGAACGGAAGGUUUCUCACCCGUAACUCUAAGGGAACUUCCAAGAGCGAGAAUGAUCUGUGCUGAGAAACUGGUCCUGGAGGUGAGCGGGCCUGGUGCAGGUGUCAGACACCUCCCCAAUCCUUCCACCCCUCUGAGGUCGGCAAGGCCGCGCCCUCUCCCCCCCCCCCAACCCCGCACUGGACGUGAUCUCUGGUGCCCCCUGGUGGCAGCGCUGAGCUUUCCUCGCGGCGCCCUGGCUCAGAGUUUAGACUUCUGGUUUUACUUGGGAUCACCGCAAUGUACUUCUCCGUGUGCAUUUACCCAUGGAAUCCUCUUCCUCUUGUCGUAUGUUAAAUCCGGAUACUUGAAGUCAUUUCCCAGCAGUGAAGUGAGGGACAAUAAGCAAAAAAACAAAAAACAAAAAACAACAACAACUCGGAUUUGGAGUAGCAGGAGCCCAGACCCUUCUUCACUAAGGACCCCAAGAUCUUCCAAGUUAAGGCUCCCAUGUCCAUAGAGCUCCUGCUCUGUUCUGAAAAACAGGAGUCUCCAACUCCUUGUUUGUAAUUUCUGAAGCUGCACUGUUUUCCCUUUUUUUUUUGUUUAAGGUUUUUUUUAUCCAUUUGAGUCACAGAGAUAGAGAGAGAGAAUAUGAGCAGGGGGAGAAGCAGAGGGAGGGGAAGAA